GACGUAGGUCACGCGUGCAGCCUCGGUAGGGCUCGGAGUACGGACUCGACUCUGCCGUCACUCUACGCGUCGUGCAUAAAGCUUGCAUACGCCCCGCUCGCUAACCCAGUCCACGAUGCUCGCCAGAUUCACCGCCAUCUCCGCCCGCCGCGUGCCGCGCGUUGCGCCCGCCGGCGUGCGGUUCUACUCGCCAGAGGACAAGCUCACUAAUAAGGAGAGGGGAGAGGAAAACAUUUAUGUUCGCCAACAAGAGAAGGAGCAGCUGAAGAAGCUCAAGGCCGCCAUUGAAGCGAAGAAGAAGGAGCUCGCCGACCUGGAGAAGCAACAUGCUGAGGUCGAGAAGAACUCGAAGUAAGCAGAGGAUGGGCGAGUUGGCGAUGCUGGAGUUGGACUUUUUAUGAACUCUCGCUCGACUUGUACAACAGAGACGGGAAAUCGCAUCAAUAUAUCGCUAGUUGUGCAUUCGCUAGUUGUGCAUGAAUACACAUUGCAAUUGUGUGAGCUCGCAUGGAGUCCAAAGCCGUUGAAUGUGACGUCACUCUGCAUGCUGAGUUAUGGGCUCGACAAACUGCCUUCUUUUAAUCCAAGUCUAUGAGAGCAUAACGGUCUCAUUUGUUCCAUCUGCUGACCGACGUCUUGCUCGAGCCGUGGGACAUUUCAGGG